AUGGACAACGAGCACGCGUGGCGGUGCAGGCGUGGAAGUCAGCCCCUCGCACAGCGACCGUCUGCUAUCAACGCAAAAUACACAGCCUCCUCAGAGGAAAAGGGCAUUCUCGUCCGGGACAUAUCAAACAGCCAAUACCGAGCACUUUGGACCCCAUUCAGCGUGAGAAAGUCGCAUCAUGAGCGUGUUCUGGCCUUUCAUCCAACCCGGCUGAAUCUGCUGGCUGCCUCGAAUGGAUCCCAACUCGUCAUUCUCGAUAUAGAGGCAUCCACGACGAUAUGCGUCUUCAAUGGCAAUGGAAGAACGAUUACUUCGAUCUCGUUUGGUCGAGAUGAUGGCGGUGCCGUCGCUACUGGCUCCGCAGAUGGAACUAUAUGCGUGUGGUCAAUGAACGACACUUCCCGGCCCAUAUACCGUCUGCGUGCAUUCCGAAGUGCCUGCAGCCACUUGUCUCUUGGUUUGGGCAGUGCAGGGCUGAUAUCUGCCAUUUCUGGGUCCAAUCUUUGCAUGUGGAAGCUGCCCAGUUCGAGACCUAUCGCCUCCAUCAAAGUCAAGCCCGCAACGUUACAGUUGUUCACGUGGUCUUUGGAAACGGCCAAUCACAUUCUCACCCUGAGCCAUGGCGGGAUCUUGUCUUUUUAUGACCUCGAAGCUGCAAUUGGAGGCUCUCCUGCACGUAAAGGACAGGCCAUGAACAUGGACUCUGAUGAGGAAGACGGAUCCCAUACUUUGUCGAACACCACGGAGACAGUCUCCCCGUAUACAACUUUCAAUCUUGAGUGCAGUAUCGCUCAAGCGGAAGUUCUUGGUCAAAAUGGAUUGGUCGUACUUCAGAAAUCCCGCAAAGAUUUGUACUUCUACAAUUAUUCCCUCGAACAUGGGACAAUGACCGAAAUAUGGAGGCUCCACAAGGACUGCGCCAUGGAUUGCUUCUCUCUACGUCGUUUGGCUCAAUCGGUGGACGCAGCGAUUGUCUCCGACAUUGCGAUUGAGACAUACAAAGUUCCGGUCCCGGUAUUGGACAGCAUGGGGUGGUCUCAGUCUCCUGUUGCACGCCUUGAAGAGUACCAGGCAAUGGGGCCAAAGACUGAUUAUCCUCGUAGUGGCUUCAUGAAGCCUCAGAAGAAGGUCCAACGUGUACGUGCACCUGGACGAACUACACCCAACAAACCACGACUGAAAGGCAUCAAAGACACUCUGGGUAAAGCAAAAUCGCGCAACAUCCACAGAGAUCAAGGUUCGAGGCCUGGCACUCCGGCUACAAACAUGACUUCCAGCUUGGAACUGCCCAAAGAACAUCACAUCGAUGACGAAGACUCUCCCAUGCCCUUUCUAUCACCAAACAUACCGGCACGCAGAGUUUCACCUGGCUUGAUAACGCCACUGGACGAAAGCAUGCAGCUUCCCCCGCUGGCUCUCUCUGAUUCGAUAGCGACAGUCGCUGAACACGCUCAUGAGAGCGACUCGGACGACGAGACCUUUGCAGGCGACAUGAAAGGUAGUGGCACGCUUCUGCCUGGGGGCAUCAAUGUGCCCUUGCCCAGAUCGUGCGGUGCGAUGUUCAGCCCAAACGGCCAGCUCGUCACCUUCUUUCCAUACAGCAUCAAGAAGACCGUCAACGAAAACAUCACAUUGACAAAGGGCUCUGACGGCGUCGAAAAGCAUGGCGAAGAAGUGAACAAGCUCUUUCCAAGCUUUGGUAACCUCUUGAGUACAGCCCAAUCUCGCUACUCAUCUUCGGCCUCCAAGGAUACGUCGUCGGAAGACCUACAGGCCGUAGCUGUCCCAAGAUUUGCAGUCCAUUCUUCGUCUUUUGAUGAUGCCCCAUCUUGGGCAGUAAAGGUGUCUCCCACCAAGUCCCAAAUGCAACCCCUACCUGGCGAUCACCGAGUCAACGUGUCGGUUCGGAGCUUCGAGACGCUGACCCCAACAAGAAAGUCUCUCGCAAACGCCUAUGGAAGCUUUGAUGAGGUCGGGCUCCCAAGUUCGGAGGUCUGCCGUUCCAAUGCAGCACAUGCCGCGAAAGUAGGGCUACAAACGAGCGCAAUGGCUUGGCGCUUGCUGGCGAUCAUCCUAGAUUCGAGCAUUGUAGACCCGCAUUUGCCUCGCAGAUUUGAGGAUGUCCCCGCGUUGUUCCUUGGACAUCGGCCCGCAAUCUCUAGAAACGCAUCAAUGGCUUCUAGUCGCGAAGCUCCAUCCAUGGACCCAACCGCGGACGUCAUUCCCUUGCUGAGUCUCCCAUUUGGGAGAACUUGGGCGAUAGAGCGACUGUUUCAAUGGGCAGAAGAGCGGGUGGAUGUACAGCUUCUUGCUUGCAUGUCCACACUCCUCCCCAGUACUUGCGAAACAAUAGCUGCCCACUCCAAAUUUUGCAGUCGUCGCCGUCAAACGAGAAGUGUUCGAUCGAAUAUGCCAGCUUUGACAGGAUCUGAUCAAGAUUCUACCAUGUUUCCACCCGAUCUGCCAACCCUGCGGACCGAAAGCAUUGCCGUGAGGACUGCAGAUAGCUCGCCCAACAAGGCUUACCGGUCCAGGCUAUCCUCCGGGAACCCGUCACAACCCACAACACCUUACCUAGACUCGUCGAGCAGCACGCCGCCAUUCACGUUUUCGAACAUCACCACACAGAAUUCUCGCAUCUUGACAUCCGGAUCUGCCAGCCCUGAGCACCAACGCAGCAGUUUCGGCGCCGCGGCCAAGAAUUACGCCGCCUCGAUCGCAGAAAAGUUCAGUUCCUACGGCUCGUCUCCGCCGCUCAAAAGAUUGGGGACCAGUCCGGGUAACGAACUUUCUUCGAGUCUGCCGAACGCGACUGGCAGCUGGAGCAAGUCAGUCUCCUUCGCUUCGACGAUGGAGCCUUCGAGGGGAAGUCGCCGAAGUCUGAGCCUUGCCCAAGAAGACGACAAUUAUGAUAGCGACAGAACAGUGGAUGACAACAGUGUAUUGCACACGCCAAAGAAGCCUCACACAGGGGUUUCUAUGAUGAAGAAGAAGGGCAGCUUUUACGGCGAGGCAACGACGACUAUGCCGACCCAGCUGGUUCCCGAGCAGCUCUCCAUGAAAUCCAGCUUCUGGCGUCAUCGCUAUGCUGAGCACCUUCGGUCAUGGGACAUGCUUACCGAUGCAGCAGACAUGACCAACUUCUCGUCAACAAGUGUGCCGCAGUCGUUGGAUAGCAGUCAUAGCGAGCAGAGUGUGGUGCCGGAGACCCACUCAGGAAGACGAUUCAACGACUGCAGCAUAUGUUACUGCGUUGUGCAAGCUGCCGAGCAGGUCUGUCCUGCAUGUUUGCAUGUUACACAUCCUGGCUGCCUGGAAGAGUUCCUCUCCGCCGUGGGUCCUGACAGUUUUACAUGUCCCACUGGGUGCGGCUGCGACUGCACAUCUGCAACUGAAAUGUCCUUCGCUUCAGAAGACACGGCCAUCGAGGAAGAAGCACAGCACAAGCAGCCUUUCAAGAAGAGGCCCAGCUUGACAGAUCCUCUUCGCCUGCGACAAAGAUUGCAGGGCGAGUCCUGGUGA